AUUAACUGUUUUUUAUUUUUUGCCUCAAAAGCAAGAUCGAUUCGGUGAAAACGGACGACUUGAAGUUGUCAGUGUUUCUGAAUAUUUCUUCAUUGUUACUACCAGACACCGGUCUUUGCACUUUUGCCACAUGGUAAGGGUGAUGCAAGAACUGUAGGAAUCUGCGGCAAUUUCACGCAAUAUUUGUGGUAUUUAAAGACACACCAACCCACCUAGUGUUGCACAGCGAUGGAAGACAUGGCGGAGCAGGCACAGAACAUGACAAUCGGUGAGCUGUACACCUCUGAGAAGGAAGGUAGUGAUGAUUCAGGUGAUGGCACCCAGGGGAAACCCUUCAAAACAGUCUUACAGGCCAUCAGACAUGCAGGAAAAGAGCCAUUCCCUGCCAUCUUGGUUGAUGGAAAGAAGGAGGGACAGAGAUGGGAGCCUGUGUCUCAGGCCCAGCUGAAGAAGCAGAAGAAGAACUGGCAGAGGGAACAGCACAAGGCUGCUGACAAGGAGAAGAAGGAGGCAGAGGAUGCCAAACGUCGAGAAGAAAACCUGGAGGCGGCCAAACAGGUGACCAUCUCAGAGGACACCAGCCUGCCUGCUGCCAAAACGAUCAAGAUUUUGGAGGCGACAACCAACCGCAACUCACGUGUCAAGGUGAAAGCCUGGUGCCACCGUAUCCGCAGACAAGGUAAAAACCUGAUGUUUAUCGUGCUGAGAGAUGGAACUGGCUUCCUACAGUGUGUCCUGAAUGAUACUCUGUGUCACACCUACGAUGCCCUGGUUCUCUCCACUGAGUCUACGGUCUGUAUUUAUGGGAUCAUCAAGGAGGUGCCAGCUGGGCAACAGGCCCCAGGAGGUCAUGAGCUUCAUGCAGACUACUGGGAGCUGAUUGGUCUGGCCCCUCCUGGCGGGGCGGAUAACCUCAUCAACGAGGAAUCCCAUGUUGAUGUGCAGCUAGACAACAGGCAUAUGAUGAUCAGAGGAGAAAAUAUGUCUAAGGUGAUGAAGAUGCGCUCAGUGGUCAUGCAGUGCUUCCGGGAACACUACUUCAACAGGGGAUACUGCGAGGUGACCCCUCCCACCCUAGUGCAGACCCAGGUGGAAGGUGGCUCCACCCUUUUCACUCUCGACUACUUUGGAGAACAGGCCUACCUGACCCAGUCCUCCCAGCUGUACCUGGAGACAUGUCUACCCUCCAUGGGAGACGUCUUCUGUAUUGCAGAGUCCUACCGAGCUGAGCUGUCCCGCACACGGAGACAUCUGGCAGAAUACACCCAUAUAGAGGCGGAGUGUCCCUUCAUCAGUUUUAAUGACCUGCUGGACCGUGUGGAGGACCUGGUGUGUGACACCGUGGACCGUGUCAUAAACUCACCCUUCGGCAACCUACUGAAGGAGGUCAACCCGGACUUUCAAGCCCCCAAGCGUCCCUUUAGGCGGAUGAACUAUGCAGAUGCCAUCAAGUACCUAAAGGAAAAUGACAUCAAGAAGGACGAUGGCAGCUACUAUGAGUUUGGAGAGGACAUUCCUGAGAUGCCAGAGAGGAAGAUGACUGAUAAGAUUAAUGAGCCCAUCCUGCUCUGUCGGUUCCCAGCUGAGAUUAAGUCCUUCUACAUGCAGCGGUGUGAAGAGGACAGACGUCUUACAGAAUCUGUUGACCUGUUGAUGCCAGGUGUGGGAGAGAUUGUUGGUGGGUCCAUGAGGAUCUGGGACUAUGAGGAACUGUUGGAGGGGUACAAGAGAGAAGGCAUCGACCCCACACCGUACUACUGGUACACUGACCAGAGAAAGUUUGGCACCUGUCCCCACGGUGGCUAUGGGCUGGGCCUGGAACGCUUCCUCUGUUGGAUGAUGGGUAUUCACCACAUCCGUGAUGUCUGCCUGUACCCACGCUUCAUCGAGAGAUGUCGGCCUUAGAAAACUCGCGCCUGUCUUGAACCCUGCUUCAUGGAGACACAGGCAUUUUCUCAGGCAGUUCUGAUUAUGCACCAUCUAACGAAUUCCAAAAAUACGUAUUUGGAAAUAAUACAAUAUAGCUAGCAUGCAUGUGAAUUUGUCCGAGCUACGUUACAAAACUUGAUGAAAUGAUCCAUUAUGUAUGUUACAUGUACUUUCAAACUCUUCUUGUGUAUUGCAGAUCUUGUGAGAGAAUUGUUGGGACUCAGAUGGAGAAAUUAAAUGUUCUCAUUUCAUUACGUCCAAAUAGCAAGCUAUCUGAUGCCAAGUAGAAAUAAAACAAAAUAUUGGCUACCAAAUGGAACCAUAACUUGUCUAAUUCGCACUUCUACUAUUGACAGCCAAUUGACUGGCAAAUGAGCCCAGAGAUACUAGUAAUGCAGGCUACUAGUAUAUGAAACAUGUUGAAAGCCUGGAAGAUAGCCAGGUUUAUGCAACUCCAAACUUGAAAUUUGUAUGAAUGUACUGAUGCACAGAUUUGUGUAUUCUUUACACCAAUACCAAUACCAAUAUUGAUGUAUUCUUGUGUUUUAUAUGAUUGAUCAGCUGGUAUGUUUAAAAAUUCAUUUGUAAAUGCAUUUAUUGUACAUGUAUUAACAUUAUUAGAUAGAAUUAUAUAUGAGGUACAUGUUUGACUUAAUAAAUUAGUAGAUACAUGUAGAUUCCAAUACAAUCAAUUCAGCUAAAUACAAAGGGUAAGUUCACAUCAAACUCCUAAAUAUACAAUGUAACAGUUGGAAAUGAUGGUGUUUUAGGAGUUGAGUUUAUUGCAAGGAUUGCCAGGUAUUGGACCAGGAGAGAAGCAAAUUUUUUUUACUAAUCAUGGCUUUGAAAUAACGUAUAUGUAAUAUGCAUGAUCGAGAAAAGUAUGUUAGAUUAUGGUAGACCACCCUCUAGAGAAAAUGUUAUUGCACAGAAUGGUAUACUCUGUUGUUUGUUCUAUGAACUCUGCCACAAUUACAAUAAAAUAGAAUUUGCAUUAUGUUGAAUUGAA